AUGAGCCCAGCACGCGAUACCCGCUCUCGCGCCCAUAUGCGCUCGUCCCCGCUCGCACUCCCACAUCAUGCUCUCCCGGCUGCUCUCUCCCCCACUAGUCUCUCCGCAUCUCUGAGUCCCAUUGGCUGGCCCCUCUCGACAGCCCCUCUCGAUCCCCUAUCUGCUGCCCCGCUACCGAUGCUACCCUCUCAGAGCCCCUCCUCGGCCCCCUACUCAUACUUUCAGCCCGCAUGCUAUACCUAUCUGCGCGACCAGCAGCGAGAGCCCAGCUUGAUCCCCAUGACUCCUGAUCCCCUCUCUCGCCACCCAGAGCGACCCCUCGGCUGCUCACCCCCGCUCUCUGCACCCUUCGACGCUCCCAGCGUCUCGCUCCCGACUAUCCCCGCUCUAGUCGCCCUCUCUGCCCAGAGCGAUACCGCUAGUCUCCCAUCGUCUUCGCCCAGACGCAUCGACCCGCUCGGGCUGACACCCGCUAGCCCCCGGCGCGCCCCCCGCAUCUGCGCCCGCGUCGCUACCUGGGGGUGCUCUCUGAGACCCUCUCAGCCCGAGCGCGCUCGCCCGGCUCUACUCCUCUCCCCGCCUAGCGCCCAGCUCUCGAGACCGCGCUCAUCUCCCCGCAAGAGAGCGCUACCAUCUAGUCGCCCGCGAUCUCUCCCCCGCUCAGCGGCCCCUAGCUACUCCCCGCUACGUCAUCUACCCGCGUCUCCCGCCUCUCGAUCCCGCGUGCUCUCCCCUAGCUCGCGCCCGCGCUCUACGCAUCCCCUCGAGCUGUGCCCAGCGAGCGACCAUCUCUCGCCCAUGGCUCUCCGUACUCCCCCGAUGAAUCGCGCCACUCGCGCCCCGCUUCGCGAUAGCCGCCUGUCGUCGAAGCCCCCUCGUCUAUCCCCCUGCGCGCCCCGCGCGCCGCUCCCCUACUUCGACUAUACCCGCGCUCUCGACCACACACUAGCUCGACCCCCCGUCGCUUCCCACGCGUAUAGAUCCCGCCUGCGCUACCGGCUGGAGCGAUCCCAUCUAUCUCUCCACUCGGACUCUUCGCUCACGCCCCGCGCUAUCCCGAUAUAUUUUGAGCCCAGCUAUCGCCCAUCUAGCAUCUACCCUCUAGAGCCCCAUCGCGACGUGACCACUGCGAUCGCCCGCAAUUCUGCCGACCCCAAUAUAGCCCAGGCUCUCUCGUCACCUAUCAGAUCGACCCUCUCUCGCCCCUCUCGCUUCACCCGCUGGCUCUCGCCCCCUAUCUCUCCCCGCUCUAUCCCCGGCCUCUGCACCCUCUCUGCAGUCCCUGCUAGCGCACCCCGCGAUCCCCGCUGCGUAGUCGCCCGACAAGCUCCCCCUAUAGUCUCCCCCUCAUCUACUGCGCCCUUCUGCGCUACGGUCCCUCGCCGAUUCGUUCCCCUCUCUCUCCCCGCUCCAUUAGCCCCUGCGGUGGGCGUGCCCCUCUCGUGUCCCCAUCUAGCGCCGCGCGCGAUACAUUCUCGAGUCCCGCUAGUCGCUCCCCGUCGUCUUCGUCCCGAUCGCCGCUAUCCCCAUCGCAGCGAGACCGGCUAG